UCAACUACUUCCGGGUAACUUUAGUGACCUUGGUUGGUAAAUCAACAUGGCGGCCAUCGUUCGGUUGAGUUCUAUGUAUCGCAGGGGAAUUACACCGCUGUUCUACCAGAGCACGUUGCUGGCCAAACCCGUGGCCGUACCACACAAAUACCAGGAGCAGCCCCACCUGCUGACCGCCAGGAUUCAUUCGUCACAAGCUCUCUAUGCCGGCUCCGACUCCAAAGCGGCGUCCCUGCACUGGACGGCGGAGCGGGCGCUGAGCAUCGUGCUGCUGGCCAUGGGCCCCGUGGCCUACUACAGCCCCGGGCCGGCCAUCGACUACUCCCUGGCCGCCGCCCUCACCCUGCACGGACACUGGGGUCUCGGUCAGGUGUUAACAGACUACGUCCACGGGGACACGAAGAUCAAGAUGGCCAACGCCGGCCUGUUCCUCCUGUCCACGGUCACCUUCGCCGGCCUGUGCUACUUCAACUACAACGACGUGGGCAUCUGCAAAGCCGUGGCCCUGCUCUGGAGCAAAUAAGGGGACUUUUGGACUGGGAGGCUCAGGAAAAAAAACCCACACACACACCCACAGUGGGCGGAAUCUUGUCCAGGCUGAUUGUAAAAAAUUCAAAGUCGUUGUAUGUAAAUUCUUAUAAAUAUAUCAUUUUGACGAUAUUAAACCGAUGUAUGUACUGUGUCGAAUUGUGACGAAAGCUGUGGUUGACUUAGUAUUCCCAUGAUUUAAAACUGUGGUUGAGUAGCUUUCCGUUUUUCCGAAUAAAACCCAGCAUGUGUGGCACGCGUCCAGAGCACCGCUACGGUUCUGAUCCAGUCUUACAGACCGCCGCCGUUUGACAUGGACUUUUUUUUUUUUUUUUCUUUCUUUCGGUCAGCGUGUUCUUACUGUUCGGCUUUCUGCUUGUAAGCCCCUGAGUGGCGGCGCUGCGCCACAGGCUUCAGAAGCUCUUCUCAAUAAACCCUGUUAACAAGUCAGUCGCGAGGUCCACUUCAUGGUUCUCUCACCGUCUCCUAAAAGUCAGAGGUGGUACGGCAAGCGGAAUACACCCGACGCGAGAGUUUCUAUCGAUGGCAGAACUGGUCGUCGUCUUUUAUGCAGCCGGUUCUCAACGUAAUUAUUAUCUUUGCUCUGAUCUGAGGUGUUUGGCGUUUUGUUAUUUAGAGCAGUAGGUAAUGAGCGAUAGGAAAACCAGUGGGAUUGAAAGCAAAGAUGUUUUAAUAACGCAGACAGGAAAAAUCAAGCAGAAUAUUUACAGUGACAAGUGGACAAAUGCAUAGUUAAAAAAGUUUUUAAAAAAUUGCAGGAAUAUUCUCUCUGGCAAGUAUGAAUGAUCAGCUGUUACUAAAUGAAUAACUGGCCAGGGAAAAGGAUAAAUGUAGCUUAGAACUUUGACAUGACACAAAUGUUGGAGGAGGGAAUUUAAAAUAAGAAAA